AGGCAGGCGAGUGGCCCCUAGUUCUGGGAACAGAGCAGCAGCAUCCCAGUCCUAGUUCCCAGCCUAAAUCCUCGCCUGUCUGCCCAGUGCCAGGAUGGCCACCAUCACCUGCACCCGAUUCACAGAAGAGUACCAGCUCUUUGAGGAACUAGGAAAGGGAGCUUUCUCCGUGGUGCGCAGGUGUGUGAAGGUGCUGGCUGGCCAGGAGUAUGCUGCCAAGAUCAUCAACACCAAGAAGCUCUCAGCCAGAGAUCACCAGAAGCUGGAGCGAGAGGCCCGCAUCUGCCGCUUGUUGAAGCACCCCAAUAUCGUCCGGCUCCAUGACAGCAUCUCCGAGGAGGGACACCACUACCUUAUCUUCGAUCUGGUCACUGGUGGGGAGCUGUUUGAGGACAUCGUGGCCCGCGAGUAUUACAGCGAGGCUGAUGCCAGUCACUGUAUCCAGCAGAUCCUGGAGGCCGUGCUGCACUGUCACCAGAUGGGGGUGGUGCACCGAGACCUGAAGCCUGAGAAUCUGUUGCUGGCCUCGAAGCUCAAGGGUGCGGCUGUGAAGCUGGCAGAUUUCGGCCUGGCCAUAGAAGUGGAGGGAGAACAGCAGGCAUGGUUUGGGUUCGCAGGGACACCUGGAUACCUCUCCCCAGAAGUGCUGCGGAAAGACCCGUACGGGAAGCCUGUGGACCUGUGGGCCUGUGGGGUCAUCCUGUAUAUCUUGCUGGUUGGGUACCCCCCAUUCUGGGAUGAGGACCAGCACCGCCUGUACCAGCAGAUCAAAGCUGGUGCCUAUGAUUUCCCAUCACCAGAAUGGGACACUGUCACCCCCGAAGCCAAGGAUCUCAUCAAUAAGAUGCUGACCAUCAAUCCAUCCAAGCGCAUCACGGCCGCUGAGGCCCUCAAGCACCCCUGGAUCUCGCACCGCUCCACUGUGGCCUCCUGCAUGCACAGACAGGAGACCGUGGACUGCCUGAAGAAGUUCAAUGCCAGGAGGAAACUGAAGGGAGCCAUCCUCACCACUAUGCUGGCCACCAGGAACUUCUCCGGAGGGAAGAGUGGAGGGAACAAGAAGAACGAUGGUGUGAAGAAAAGAAAGUCCAGUUCCAGCGUUCAGUUAAUGGAAUCUUCUGAGAGUGCCAACACCACCAUUGAGGACGAGGACACCAAAGUGCGCAAACAGGAAAUUAUUAAAGUGACAGAGCAGCUGAUUGAAGCCAUAAGCAAUGGAGAUUUUGAAUCCUACACGAAGAUGUGUGACCCUGGAAUGACAGCUUUUGAACCCGAGGCCCUGGGGAACCUGGUCGAGGGCCUGGACUUUCAUCGAUUCUAUUUUGAAAACCUGUGGUCCCGGAACAGCAAGCCUGUGCACACCACCAUCCUGAACCCCCACAUCCACCUGAUGGGUGACGAGUCAGCGUGCAUCGCCUACAUCCGCAUCACGCAGUACCUGGAUGCAGGUGGCAUCCCCCGCACGGCCCAGUCAGAGGAGACCCGUGUCUGGCACCGCAGGGAUGGCAAAUGGCAGAUUGUCCACUUCCACAGAUCUGGGGCACCCUCCGUCCUGCCCCAUUGAAGGACCAGGCCAGGAUCCCUGCGUUGUUGCAUCGCAGAGAUCCACUCUUUGUCCAUGGAAUGUGGCUGCUGGUUCUCUCUUGGAUUUUGUUGGAAUUCUCCCUGUCGUAUCACACUACCAUUGUCAUCUCCUGCAUCACGAAAAUCCGCUCCUUCACAAAAGCCAUCACAACAUCAAAGCAAAUGGCCAGCUCUUUCCAGCUCCAUCUUUCACUCUUACUCUCUUCCUGCCAGUGGGGACCUGCUUCAGGCUUGGGUACCCAGGACGCUGGCUCCAGGAACCCCACCCCACAGCCACUGUUGUUGGCCUGGCCUAGCUUUGGCUGUAGGUGAGGAGGCCCCAGCUGUGUGUUUACCAGGAAGUGAGGAUGAGGAGGGCAAGUGUGAUACAGCCCCUCUCUUCGAUCCCUCCCCUUCUGGGGUCCCCAGGGAAGCACAGAUGAGCUCCUCAGUCUCCAAGCCAACUCCUAUGGCAGAGAGUAAGAGAGGAGUUGAUGCCAGGAGCCCCUGCCUUGACCUACUGCUCU